UAUUGGCCGAUGUUGGUUUUCAAAGCGUGAUCGAGAAUGGCAGAAGUUGAACAAACUGCCGCGGUUGAAGUUGAAGAAAAGGAAAAUCACGCUGUGAUUGGAUUGAAUAAAACCAAGGAGCCCGAGAAGGAAACAAUCGAGCCGAACAAUGAUGGAGAUGUAGAUAACGACGCGGAAGCCGAGAACGAAAAUGGCGAAGAUGGUUCGGCUCCCGAGAAAGCCAAGAAAAAGAAGAAAAAGAAAAAGAAAGUUGGUAAAAAGCAAACAGAUCCCCCUUCAAUCCCAAUAACAGAAAUGUUCCCAAACAAUUCAUACCCGGUGGGUGAAAUAAUGGACCACCCGACGUUCAGCGAUGAGAGAAAAGCAAGGAAUCGAGUGAGUGCAGAGGAGACGAAAGCAAUGGAGGCGCCAUUUGAGGAUAUUUAUCACGACUUCAGAAGGGCUGCCGAGUGCCACAGGACUACUCGACAGUGGGUGCAAUCUUGGAUCAAGCCAGGUGUGACUAUGGUCGAGAUCUGCGAGAAGCUGGAAGACUGCAACCGGAGGCUGAUCCAGGAGAAUGGUCUGAGUGCCGGUCUGGCAUUCCCCACUGGCUGCAGUCUCAACCACUGUGCCGCUCACUACACUCCCAAUCCGGGAGAUACAACAGUGCUGAAGUAUGAGGAUGUAUGCAAGGUUGACUUUGGCGUGCACGUGAAUGGGCGAAUCAUAGACUGUGCAUGGACAGUGGCUUUCGACAACAAGUACGACAAACUACUCGAGGCAGUUCGAGCAGCCACAAACACAGGAAUUAAAGAAGCAGGAAUAGACGCGAGACUGGGCGAGAUAGGGGAGGCAAUUCAGGAGACGAUGGAAUCAUACGAGGUGGAGUUGGACGGGAAGACCUAUCCCAUCCACCCCAUCAGGAAUCUGAACGGGCACUCUAUUGAUGCAUACAGGAUACACGCGGGGAAAACAGUGCCCAUUGUCAAGGGCGGAGAGAAGCGUGAAGUGAUGGAGGAAAAUGAAUUCUACGCCAUCGAGACAUUCGGCAGCACAGGAAAGGGCUGGGUGAAUGAUGACAGUGACUGCUCCCAUUACAUGAAGAAUUUCGACGCCGGAUUCCGCAACAUUCGAGUGCAGAAAACGAAGCAGCUCCUCAACAGCAUCAACAAGAACUUUGGAACUCUCGCUUUCUGCAAACGAUGGCUGGAGAGGGCAGGCGAGUCUCGGUAUCAGCUAUCUCUGAGACAGCUCUGUGACGAGGGAAUCAUCAAUGCCUAUCCCCCACUGAGCGACAUCAAAGGGUGCUUCACUGCUCAGUUCGAGCACACCAUACUCCUCAGACCUAGCUGCAAAGAGGUAGUCAGCCGAGGCACCGACUACUGAACCCCCCUACUCAUUCAAACAUUGAUGUUCAUCGAGUGGAGUUUGCACACACCAUCUUUUCUGCCCUUUUGCCCUCUGGUUCUACCUCCUCUCUGGGCACUGAUUAUUUUUUGAACUGGAAUCAAGGAUUAAAACUUUUUAAGCUACCGGAGGAUCCUGAUUAUGAGCGGAUUUGUAAGAAUUGCAAUCGAUUUGUGAUACCAGAGGAACUAUAGCUUAAUUCAAUUUUUAUUGUCAGAUUGAAUAUUUUGAGCCAAAAAGAAGAAAUUUGUUGAUAAGCUGUAUUUGAUUCUCAGCUGAGAUGAUGAGUUGCGUUUGUUUAUUUGAGGUAAUUUGCUAUGCUAGAGAUUAUAUUUAUUAAUUCAGCUUUCUUCCAUUU